GGGAGGAUGCAUCUCUGCCUCCUGGCAGCAGCACAUGAAAGCAGUUAUCUGCUGCUGCACAGAUAAACAAUCUCCAUCUCUGCUUCAGAAAAGGCAGAUCAUUGUCAGAACUACUAAAUACAGUCAACAGACCCUGAAAAUUAACUUAUUCUAAGGAUGAACAUUUUGUCUGUUAGAAAGGGCAUCACUUGCCCGCCUCAAGAUGCUAACUGCACUAGGAUUCUGGAGUCCAUGAGCACCUGGAAUAGUUCAGAAGUGAGCUCAUACAGACUUGUGGAACUACCACCAGUCUUCACCACUAUGGAAACACCAAAGGAUAAUGUUCACCGUGUCUUCCCUACAGUUGAUGCUCCAGAUCAUGUUCACUAUACAAUUGGAGCUGUGAUCCUGGCAGUAGGAAUAACAGGAAUGCUGGGUAACUUCCUUGUUAUCUAUGCUUUUUGCAGGAGUAGGAGUCUUCGAUCUCCAGCCAACAUGUUCAUCAUCAAUCUAGCUAUUAGUGACUUCUUAAUGUGCAUAACUCAGGCACCAGUGUUUUUUACAACAAGCCUACAUAAGAGGUGGAUCUUUGGAGAGAAAGGAUGUGAGUUAUAUGCUUUCUGUGGUGCCCUGUUUGGGAUCACAUCAAUGAUUACACUGAUGGUGAUUGCUUUGGAUAGGUAUUUCGUAAUCACCCGACCGCUUACUUCCAUUGGAGUGAUGUCCAAGAAGAGGGCAGUGUUAAUCCUUUUAGGUGUUUGGCUGUAUUCUUUGGCCUGGAGUCUUCCUCCCUUCUUUGGUUGGAGUGCUUAUGUGCCUGAAGGCCUCCUGACAUCUUGCAGCUGGGACUACGUGACCUUCACACCCUCUGUUAGAGCCUACACCAUGCUCCUCUUCUGCUUUGUCUUCUUCAUCCCCCUUUUUGUUAUAAUCUAUUGCUACAUCUUUAUUUUUAAGGCCAUCAAGAACACUAACAGGGCUGUUCAUAAAAUCGGAGCUGACCACAACAAGGAAUCUCAGAAACAGUAUCAGAAAAUGAAGACUGAGUGGAAGAUGGCAAAGAUUGCACUCAUUGUCAUCCUUCUUUAUGUGAUUUCUUGGGCCCCCUAUUCUAUUGUUGCAUUGAUGGCCUUUGCUGGGUAUGCAAACAUGUUAACACCAUAUAUGAAUUCUGUGCCUGCUGUGAUUGCAAAGGCAUCUGCCAUUCACAAUCCAAUAAUCUAUGCCAUUACUCAUCCUAAAUACAGGAUGGCAAUUGCAAAGUAUAUUCCUUGUUUGAAACCAAUCCUCCGAGUGACUCGCAAAGAUUCCAGAUCCUUUAGCAGCUAUCCAUCUUCUCGCCGCUCCACUGUUACAAGUCAUUGCAGUCAAACUUCUGACAUAUGUGGGCACCCCAGACUUAAAGGACCCAUGCCUUCUGUCUCAGAUAGUGAAUCGGGUUGGACUGAUACUGAAGCUGACAUUAGUAGUGUGAACUCCAGGCCAGCCAGUAGGCAGGUUUCCUAUGAAAUGGGCAAAGACACCACUGAGCUCAAUGACAUAAUGUCCAAAGCUAAGCUGAAAAGUCAUGAUUCUGGAAUUUUUGAGAAGACCUCCAUGGAUGCAGAUGACAUAUCUUUGGUAGAAAUUGGCCCAUCCGAUCGCAGUUCUCCUCUUGCAACAGGUAGAAGUUUGAAUGGCGUUGGACAAAGAAAGGGAGAUCCUAUCUCCCGUGUAGCAGCAUCACGAAUACCCAGCAUCGUAGUGACCUAUAACAAUUACCAAGGCAACCAGGCAGCAGUAGAACAUAACUCAACCCUGCCCUGUCAAAGGACCAAUGGACCAAAACAUAAUACAAUUGCCACCAUCAUUACGGAAACCAUCCCUGAAAACAGCACAGAGACAUUGACAAAUCAGUCAUCACCAAAAAAAUCAUGAAGAAAAAUUAUGUAUACAUUGACUAUUCACUGUGCCAUCAUUUAUUCUGGCUACUAUACAAAGACCACGGAAAGGGUAUUUAGUUCUGUAUUUAUGGCAAAUGUAUCAUUCCACACCAUCAGUGUAUUCACCACACGUAUCCAUCUGUAGUGACUGUGUGUUUAUUCUAAAACUAUUUAAAUGUCAGGAGAUUUGUUGUGUUUUUUUUUUUUUUUUUU